AGCGCGGGCCCGGGGCCCCGGGUACGCUGCUCUCGCGCAGGCCGGGCCGGGAAUUUGGAGAGGAUCCCUGGUCGCACGGCAGCGGCGGCGGCGGCGGCGGCGGCGCGCGGGUGCGCGUGUGAGCGAGCGAGAGAGCGAGCGAGCGAGCGAGCGAGCGGGCGGGCUAGGGCGCCGGGUAUUGGCAGCCGAGGAGUGGAGGCUGGGCGGCUCCGACUCCCUGACGCCAGUGCGACCAGAUCAAUCCAGGCUCCGGGAGCGAGCGGGCGGGCGGAGAAUCGAGAGACCGAGCGGCUCGAGCCCGGGCGAGGCGCGGGGAGGGACCCUGGGAGCAGAGCGCGGCGAAGCGCCCGGCCGGCCGGACAGGGGCCACGAGACCCCGCUCGCCGGGCCACUCGUGCGCCCGCGCGGAUGGGCGCGCCGCCAACCCGAACCUCAAACUACAAAGCUAAAGAGAAUCCUGUGUGAAUGGACUGAAGUCUCUUCUGCUGUCUUCUUGCCUUUGGAGGCUCCUUCAUUUCACUGUGUCCAAGGAGCAUUCAGCUAGUGCAGUCAUCAUGAAUGUGACGAGUUUAUUUUCCUUCACAAGUCCAGCUGUGAAGAGACUCCUUGGAUGGAAACAGGGUGAUGAAGAAGAAAAAUGGGCAGAGAAGGCUGUUGAUGCUUUAGUGAAAAAACUGAAGAAAAAAAAAGGUGCCAUGGAGGAACUGGAAAAGGCCUUGAGCUGCCCGGGGCAGCCGAGCAACUGUGUCACCAUUCCCCGCUCUCUGGAUGGCAGGCUGCAAGUCUCCCACCGGAAAGGCCUGCCUCAUGUAAUUUACUGUCGUGUGUGGCGCUGGCCUGACCUCCAGAGCCACCAUGAACUGAAGCCACUGGAAUGCUGUGAGUUUCCUUUCGGUUCCAAGCAGAAGGAGGUCUGCAUCAAUCCCUACCACUAUAAGCGAGUAGAGAGCCCUGUACUUCCUCCAGUGCUGGUUCCAAGGCACAGCGAGUACAACCCUCAGCACAGCCUCUUAGCUCAGUUCCGUAACUUAGGACAAAAUGAGCCUCACAUGCCACUCAACGCCACUUUUCCAGAUUCUUUCCAGCAGCCCAACAGCCAUCCGUUUCCUCCUUCUCCCGGUAGCAGCUACCCAAACUCUCCCGGGAGCAGCAGCAGCACCUACCCGCACUCUCCCACCAGCUCAGACCCCGGAAGCCCUUUCCAGAUGCCAGCUGAUACACCCCCACCUGCUUACCUUCCUCCUGAAGACCCCAUGACCCAGGAUGGCUCUCAGCCAAUGGACACAAACAUGAUGGUGCCUCCACUGCCCUCAGAAAUCAGCAGAGGAGAUGUGCAGGCAGUUGCUUAUGAAGAACCAAAACACUGGUGCUCUAUUGUCUACUAUGAGCUCAACAAUCGUGUGGGUGAAGCAUUCCAUGCCUCCUCCACAAGCGUGCUGGUGGACGGUUUCACUGAUCCUUCCAACAAUAAGAACCGUUUCUGCCUUGGGCUGCUCUCCAACGUUAACCGGAAUUCCACUAUCGAAAACACUAGGCGGCAUAUUGGGAAAGGAGUCCACCUCUACUAUGUCGGCGGGGAGGUAUAUGCGGAGUGCCUCAGCGACAGCAGCAUCUUUGUGCAGAGCCGGAACUGCAACUACCACCACGGGUUUCACCCCACUACUGUUUGCAAGAUCCCCAGUGGAUGCAGUUUGAAAAUUUUUAACAACCAGGAAUUUGCGCAGUUACUGGCGCAGUCUGUGAACCACGGUUUCGAGACCGUCUACGAGCUCACAAAGAUGUGUACUAUACGCAUGAGCUUUGUGAAGGGCUGGGGAGCAGAAUACCACCGCCAGGAUGUUACUAGCACCCCCUGCUGGAUUGAGAUACAUCUGCACGGCCCCCUGCAGUGGCUGGAUAAAGUCCUUACUCAGAUGGGUUCACCUCAUAAUCCUAUUUCGUCUGUGUCUUAAAUGGCCUCAGGCUUCUGCCUCUUGAAAACUAUUGAGCCUUGCAUGUACUUGAAGGAUGGAUGAGUCAGACACAAUUGAGAACUGACAAAGGAACCUUGAUGAUACUUGACCUCUGUGACCAACCCUUGGAUUCAGAAAUUAAAAAAAAAAAAAAAAAAAAAAAACACCUUGGUAAUAUACUGUUGAUGUCAAGAACCUGUUUUAGUUUACAUUAUAACAUUCUAUUGUAAAGUCAAUUAAAAAUGCAGACUUUGGGCAGGACAUUGUGGAUAGUUAAAGGAGACAUGGCCAAGCCAGGGACAAAUUAUCUGUUAGAAAAAACGGUCCUAGGAGAUUCUUUUGUGUUUGGCACUUUAAGGUCAUCGUCUGGCAGAAGUUUAGCAUUAAUAAAUAGUCUCUGAAGUGUGUUCUUAUCAGGUUUAGAGCCCAUGUUCCAGUCUUCUUUUCAUGGGUUUUCAUAAUAUUUUAAAACUGUUUGUUGAGUUAUGGUUUUUGUUUUUUAAGUAAAGGUUAAUCCUGAUGAUAUACAUAAUAAUCUUUCUAAAGUUAUGUGCUGACCAUACUGCUGUCAGAAUAAUGUUAGGCUUAUGCUCUUUGCUAAAUAUGUAUGUACAGAAUAUUUGGAAGUUAAGAAUUGAUUAGACUAGUGAAUUUAGGAGUAUUUGAGGCGGGUGGGGGGAGAGGGAAAUGACAGCUGCAAAUGUAGAGUAUACUGUAAAAAUGCAGUUUGUUGUUUUAAAGAAACAAACUGAUGUCUGGAUUUUGCUGUGUUUCAAUUUUUUAGAGAUUUUUAUCUUUUUUUUCCUUUCUCUUUCUCUCUCUUUGGCAUUCUUCUAUCUUAUCCUCUUCAAAAAGCAGUUACACAGCUGGCUAGUUCAUAUAACUGUGAGAGCAAAUGAGUAAUUCCUGCUACUCUGAAACUGACUGCCUACCUGUUUCAAUGCCAAUUAUAUGGAGUGCUUGAAUUUAAUAAGCAGUUUUUAUGGAGUUUACAGUACAGAAAUAGGCUUUAAUUUGCAAGUGAAUUAUUUGCCAAACUUAGUAACUCUGUUAAGUAUUUGAAGAGUUUAAAGAACAUCCCUGUUUGAAUCCAUUCAGACUUUUUUAAUUUUUUUGUACUAUGUUUGGUUUUAUUUUUCUUCUGUUGAUCUUUUAUAUUCACUAUGCUCUCGUACAUUUGAGUACUUUUAUUCCAAAACUAGUGGGUUUUCUCUACUGGAAAUUUUAAAUAAACCUGUCAUUAUUGCUUACUUUGAUUAAAAA